AUGUUAAUGAUAUGGUCUGUUGGUAUGGCUAAUAAUAAUGCUGCCUUUUCGAGAAAAUCAGCCUCCAAGAUGUCGCAUUCGGGCGACGAGGUGCACAACAGGCGAUACCUGUCGUGGCGCAAGCUGCACCUCUCCAGGGCUAAGCUGAAGGCGUCCAGCAAGACGUCCGCACUGCUGUCCGGCUUCGCCAUGGUCGCCAUGGUCGAGCUGCAGAUCCAGGACCCGAAGCUCAUUCCCAAGGAGGUGCUCAUCUCCUUCGCCAUCAUCACCACGUUGCUGGUCGCGGUCCACAUGCUGGCGCUGAUGAUAAGCACCUGUAUCCUGCCCAACAUCGAGGCCAUUUGCAACCUCGAGUCCAUCAACCUAGUGGAGGAGUCCCCCCAUGAGCGCCUUCACUGGUACAUCGAGACGGCGUGGGCGUUCUCCACGCUGCUCGGCCUCCUGCUCUUCCUCGCCGAGAUCGCCAUCUUGUGCUGGAUCAAGUUCACCGGGAUUGACAACGUGGCGGCGUGGUCGGCCACUGUCAUAUUGGUGCCGAUUUUGUUCGUGUUCCUCGCCUUUGCAGUGCACUUUUACAGAUCCCUGGUGGCGCACAAAUACGAGACUACGUUGUCAGGCAUUAGAGAGUUGGAGAUACUUAAACAGCAGAUCGAACAGAACGAUUGCGAGGGCCAUCGCAAUGGGAUACACGAGCUGAUACAAGGAAUACACGUCGUCUAG